UUCUUUCGAAUGACUUAUUGUUUGUCUUAAUUGGUUCCGUGACAUGAAACGGAAUUUUGCCCAUUAUAAUUUUUAGGAUGAUUUUUCGAAGCUUAUUGAAGAACAAAGGAUUGCCCAUGUAAAACAAGUUUCUGCGGAGAAAUACAGCGCUGCAAACUACCAAAGACGAGCAAUUGGAAUCAUGUCUGGACCUCCUCCACCGACUUAUGUUUGCAAUCGUUGUGCUCAACCUGGUCACUGGUACAAAAGCUGUCCAUUGGUAAUUUCACUUCUCUUCUACCUCAUUUUCACAUUGAUGAUGAAGAAAUCAAGUGAUCGGGGAAUUUUUAAUCAACAAUGGCCUAGAGCGGUUUUUCUUGCAGUUGCAUCUUCGGGGCAAAGUGGUGGUGGAUAUCCUUCUCUUCCCCUUUGUCAAAUACUUCUGAUGCAGUUAUUCAGUCACAACAAAGACAAACGGAUGAAGCCUCCUGGAAUUGGACAAGACCAUUCAGGCAUUAUUGGAACUUCAAUCUCUUCAAAUUUGUUGGCGAAUAUUGGUGGUGUAAGGCCGUUAAAUCCUCCACUUGCAUCAAACAUUCUAUAUCAGUCAACAACUAUUCGACCUAUUGGCCCUCAUGUACCUGACAGUGAAAUAACACAAGUUUGGCUUUCUUUCUUCCGUAUGAAGGACAGUCAACAACAAAAUCGUCAAUACAAGAGGAGGUACUCAAUUUCUCCUGAAAGAAGAACCCCAUCUCCUCAACAUCAGUUUUCUCGAAGAUCAUCUCGAGCUGUUGGAGGUAAUUAUCGUCGAAGUAAGCCCUACUUCAAUCCUCGUCACCAUGCUUUGGAAGAAAAAGAAGAAAGAAAUGGUGAAAAGGAUAAAAGAAGAGGAAGAAAAACUGAAAGAAAAGAAGAAAUUGGUGAAAAGAAAGAAGAAAAGGAGAUGAAAGUGUCGAGUAAAGAUGAACGGAAAGAGGAGAGAAGAGAAAAGAAGGAACGAAAGGAAGAUACAGAAAUGAAGGAAGAAAAAGAAGAAAAGAAGGAACAUAAAGAAGAUGCAGAAAUGACUGAAGAAAGAAUAGAAAAGGAGGAAAAUGAAGAUAUCGAACUGAAAGAGAGGAGAAUUGAUGCAGGAUUUGGCUUUAGCUCAGGCUCAAAGAAAUUGGCUACUACUACUGGAUGCUACUACCACACCUUCAUUCUCACUGUCAGUAAAAAUUUUUUUGAUAAAUCUUCGUUUUUUUAUUAUAUUUGUUUAGUUACUGCUUUUGAGUUUGUUCGCAAUUUUUAUCCACAAGCAUAUAUUUUACAAAUUAAAAAAACGUUUUUUAAUCACUAA